AUGGCGAACUCUCUGAUGGCUACGGCUCUCCUAUUGGGAGGGGUAUCUGCAGCUCAAUUGCCUCUUAUCCAGUCAUUCCGUGCUUCGCAAGACCCUAUCGCGUCGGGAGAGAGACAGCUAGUUAGCUCCUCCGCCCUACAGGGGCACAUUGAUGCUAGUAACCUGCUCCAGCGAGCCAAGACGCUCUACCACAUAGCGGAGCAGGGGUUCGAUGAGUACAAUCAUCCCACAAGAGUGAUUGGCAGCAAAGGCCAUGUUGCGACCCUAGAUUACAUCUACUCCACGAUUGCCGGUCUCGACGACUAUUACACCAUCUCCAACCAGUCUUUCCCGGCCGUCACGGGUAAUGUGUUCGAGUCUCGCCUGGUUAUCGGCCAUGCAGUGCCCGAGUCGGCUCAUCCGAUGGGGCUAACCCCUGCUACAAAGAACAAACAGCCUGUUUACGGCCCGCUGAAACUCGUGUCGAAUCUUGGGUGCGACAAGUCUGACUACCCAGACCUCGCCGGCGCGGUUGCCUUGAUCAGUCGCGGUAGCUGUCCCUUUGGAACCAAGUCUGCGCUUGCCGGACAGGCAGGCGCCGUGGCGGCAGUGGUCUACAAUAACGAGAAGGGAGACCUUAGUGGAACUCUGGGCACCCCGUCGCCGGACCACGUCGCAACGUUCGGGAUUUCCGACUCCGAUGCGGCUCCCUUCAUCCAGCAGUUGAAGGAGGGAAAGAAACUUGACUCGAUCGCGUACGUUGAUGCAGUCGUGGACACGAUCUCCACCACGAACAUCAUCGCACAGACCCGAGAUGGCGACCCGGAGAACUGCGUGAUGCUGGGUGGCCACAGUGAUAGCGUUGCGGAGGGCCCUGGUAUCAAUGAUGACGGAUCUGGCUCGUUAACCCUCCUAGAAGUGGCGACUCAUCUCAGCCGGUACAAUGUCAACAACUGCGUGAGAUUCGCCUGGUGGGCUGCCGAAGAAGAAGGACUGCUGGGCUCUGACUACUACGUCUCGGUGCUGGAUCAGGCCGAAAACCUGAAGAUUCGGCUGUUCAUGGACUACGACAUGCUGGGGUCUCCCAACUUCGCCUACCAGGUGUACAACGCGACGAAUGCGGUGAACCCGGUCGGAUCGGAGGAGCUGCGUGAUUUGUACACCGACUUCUAUCGCUCUCACGGAGUCAACUUUACGUAUAUCCCGUUCGACGGACGCAGCGACUAUGACGCGUUCAUUCGAAAUGGAAUUCCCGGAGGGGGUGUUGCCACCGGGGCCGAGGGAGUCAAGACCGAGGAGGAGAAGGAGAUGUUCGGUGGCGUGGCAGGGGCUUGGUUUGAUCCUUGCUACCAUCAGAUCUGCGACACCGUCGCAAACGUGAACCUUACAGCCUGGGAACUGAACACUAAGCUGGUGGCUCAUUCUGUGGCCACAUUUGCCCGGUCUUUUGAGGGAUUCCCAAAGAGAUCGGAAUUGAAGACUGAUGCUGUGGAUCGCAAGGUGUACAAGUAUCGUGGCCAUAAGUUGCAGAUUCCGAAACUAGCUGAGGCUACCCGUGUGUCCAUGGACAGAGCCAAUUUGACUCUCAGUGCUGCUAUUGGUGGUUUCUUUGCUGUCUUGGUGCCGGACAUUGAGAAUGUGAAGAUCACCCCGGAAAGCAUGCAAAGGUUUAAAAUGAAAUGGUUCUGA